AUGGAUGAAAGAUAGACGGAGAGUGACCGAGAGAGAGAGAGAGAGAGAGGGAAAGAGAGAGAGAGAAAGAGAAAGAUAGUUAGACAGAGAGAUAAGGUAUAUACUCUCGAAAAAAGGGUAUAUCGAUCGGGUUGGUCCGGGACCAUCGGCUGGCACGCCACCACACGAUUUUCGUGGUGGCUCCGUUCUCUCUCUCUCUCUCUUCCCCUCCCUCCCUCUCUCCUCUCUUGCUUUCUCUCUGUCUCUCUUUCUCUCUCCCCUGCCUCGACCCCUCUCUCGUUCUCUCCUUGUCCAACGCACCACCGGCAUCGUGUGCACAUCGCGCUUUUUCCCACGCGCCGCCGGCUCGCUUUUCCUACCCGAUCCCGAACCUCGAGUCGCGGCACAGGUGUCGCUCGAAAGCUCCUUGCGCGCUUCGGACGUCGACGCGCCGCGCCGGUGUCUCUUCCUCGCGGGACAAGCGCCGGUCGGUCCCCGGUGAGUCCCCGAGUCGUCGCACCACUCGAUUCGACGUGUGUCGGUGUUAGUGCUCUCUCGCCGGCGACACCUCCGUCUCCGUAAGAACCGUCGUAAAUUUACCCCGAAUGUAUUGUCUCGCCACGAGAGACUCGUCUUUAGCGCGGUGAGGGAUUUUUCGUAAGUUUCUGCGAGUGUACACGCAGACCCUCGGAGAUCCGACGAUAUCUCCACCCUCUUCGUCCGGCGCGAUUUCCGCGAACACCGUUUCUGUGACGAUAACGAAAUAUUGAAAGUGACGUUUCUCAGACGGGAGAGUGUUGUCGGCGGCUUCGCCGGGAAGAGAUUGAUCGCCGCCGUCGCCUCGGACAGCCCUCCCCUCCCCUCCACCCCCCCCGUCGUUUCUCGACGAAGAAGUCUCGCAGUAUAACGUGCAGUUAGACUCGCGCAGGUCGUUAGUGGCGCACGGUUUAUUCUCGCGUGCGUGAAAGUGGACGUUAAUGGACGUUAGCGGGUAAGACGCGAGUAAAACGUCCCCGAAGAAAAUUCCAUCAAAAAUUCGCUCUCACCUUGAGCACGUUGUAUUAGUUCUCUUGUGUAACGAGAUGUCUCGCGAGAAACGUCAUUAUUAACUCUCCUCUUUGCAUCGGACGCGCGUAUUAACGAACGCUUUGCGCCAGCACGUUUCUUACGUCGCGGAAAACGUGCGAGUUAUUUCGAUCUGUAAGGCGAUCGAUUAGAUAUCGACAGGAAAUCGAUCACGAGAGCAGUGGGGUAUCGCGACACGAGGUGCGGGAACGGAGUAAUUCCGAAUUCAAAUCCCGAUCGGGACUCCUUCGAUUUUUACUACUCGCGGCCUGAUACUCCCGAUACAGCCACGGGGGCGAUCUCUCGCGCGUGUUCGCCGCGAGUGCGUGUCGGCGAAGAGAAGGGGAGGGAAAAAAAAAGAAAGAGAAAAAAAAAGAGCAUAAAUAUACCCGGCGUGCACAAUAAAGUAGCCCCCGUCUUCUCCCUACCCCGCCGCCCCUUCCGGCUGUCGGCCUCUCUUUCCGUCUUACACGCGCCGCGCCGCGCCGCCGGUGUGAUCCCCCCCCUUUCAGCGUGUUGGCCGUGUGGAUCGAUAUAGCGUAGGAGGAUCGCCACGGCGCGAGAAAGAAAUCGAAGAGCGAAGUUCAAGAACCAGUUGAAUGUCGGUUAUGUAAAUGGUUAUGCCGACGGCGUCGCGUCGCGGUGAUCCGACGCGUUCGAGGCGACGACGACGACGACGACGACGACGACGACGCCGGUGACGAGUUCUCGCUUCCUCAAACGUCCGUCGUCUUAUCGUUCCGUUUGCCGCUUCGUUUGCCGAAGGAAAAUUAUCGUACAUCUGGGAAAACGUGAUUUCGAGUAACCGCGGCGGAACGCGCUCACUUACCCCUCUCCGAAGUGACACUCGAGCGAAAUAUUUUCCAUUCGGUUUCUCUUUGCGCCUUGAAAGAGGGAGAACGAAACGGCAUCGUGGUUCACGGAUCGCUUCAGUUUUAGGUUUUCAUUUGUUUCAGAAUAGUCUUAUCGAUUUGCCGUAUUGCUAGAUGUUACAUAUUUGACAUAAAUACGUACGAAACCGUUUACUCUAACUUUGAAUAUGCGAGACGCGCGAAGAGUGUGAGUUUUAAUGCGAAAUCGGAGCGAGUGCUGAAAUUCCGUUGAUAAAACGUCAAACGUGAAAGAAUUCAAUUAGAUUCCCACGGCGAGCGGAAUGCACCGGCAUCAGACGAGCCAGAAAUCAAAUAGUUUCUUCUGUUGCGCGCCUCUCCCCUCCCCCUCCCCCCUCCGUGUGUAUUGAAAGUUUCUCCCGUGGAUGCAUUAAUGCCCUUUGCAACAGAUGCGCUUAAACGGGCAAUCGAAUGUAUUUUGCGAGCAAACAAAUGCCGCGCCGCGCGGUUCUAUCCCGGGGUUGAUCCUCAUUAUUCUUUCACGUCGAACAAUUCCGCUUUGUCGGCCUUGACGCGCGCGCGUAUACACGUGAUUUUUGAGUUAAACAUCGCGAGCCAACAAAUCGAGGGCACGUCUAUUGAUACCGCAAACAGCCGAGCGAUUUAGAUGCUUGCGCGUUCAACUAGUUAUUUCCAACGGAUUCCCGCGUUUGCUGCUGGAUAUCGGGUAAACGUCAGAUCUCCGCUAAUCUCUGCACGCGGCGCGUGUGUGUAACGUUACGAGGAAGGUAGCGCAAAAGAUGUAGAGGGAAACAGAGUGAGAGAGAGAGAGAGAGAGAGAGGGGGGGGGGAGCAAAGAGUGGUGUUGGGACGAGCCAAAGUGUCAUUUGUGAGGGAAAAAAAUCGCCGGGCGCGGUUAAGUGUUAAGUGGCGUGUGUAAGGGUGUUAAGUAACCCGUGGCGUGAUAGGACGUAGUUAAUCUCACGUGUGUACGUAGAAACGAUCGGUCCGCUUUCUUUGCGGCUUCGAUACGCCAUUAGCGGGGGCGCCGGGGCGCCGUUUAAACGCCGAUGUUUUACUUACAGGGAAAAAUUGCCGGUAUUAGUCCGGCUUCCUUUCGCCCUCUUCCGCCCGUCCGGCCCUUCACGCAACUCGCCCUUCGUACCCCGCGCGUAAUCGCGUUUCCCGAUAACGGCGAUAAUUUAUUAGUCGCACAGUCACGUGGCCCUCGCGACUCGCGUCGGCGAGUAAAAACAGUGGUGAUCGUUUCGUGAUCUUUCAGGAGGACGGAACGGGGUGAGAAUCGGCGCACGGCAGAAUGAGAGAGAUCGCCAGUCACCGAUCGAGCAGGGACCCGCCGGCCCUUCGCACGAGAGAUGGUUUUUAGAAGGAAGAGGGCAUGACGCACCGAACUCAUGCAGUGGCGAAAACACGUGCGCAUCAAGUACGGUGGUCGAGUCGGUGUCGGUCAAGGACAGCGGGAGCGGGAGCAGCUGCAGGUGCGCGUGGUGCAGCUGCAGCGGGAAGGGGGCGCACGACUCAGCUACGUCUGUCAUCAGCCUCAACUCUCGUCGACGGCUCGCCGCAGCUGCAGCGCAGCAGCCAUGCUCUGCUGCGGCCGCAGGAAAGAGGGCCGGGGGGAAGUGACAGACAUAAGCGCAAGUCCUGGGAGGCAGGCACCUGCCAACCAGUUGCGCCCCAAGGAACCACCCCCCAUGGUCAUUCAAGGAGACUUCAGGAAGGUGAGCGGGAUCAGUACAGAGAUCUUCAAGCAGAUCGAGACUGUCGAAAACGAUCAUGACGCAUCGACAGCGGCGGCUCUCGAAGCUGUUGAGCGGAGAGGCGAGAUGGUCGUGCGUGUCAUCGAGCCUCGGCAAAUGGGUAGACAGGCUUCCGAGGCGGCGAAAAAAUUUAUUGCUAUGCAGGAUCCUAAGCAUCCCAUCCACUUCGUCGAGAUAAUCAAACGACCGGGACAGACCCUCGGCCUCUACAUACGCGAGGGCAACGGCAUCGACAGGAACGACGGAGUCUUUAUCUCCAGGAUAGCCCUGGAGACCGCCGUGUACAACAGCGGCUGCUUGAAAGUAGGUGACGAGAUCCUGGCGGUGAAUCUGGUCGAUGUGACGCACAUGAGCCUGGACGAUGUCGUGAUCAUCAUGUCGAUACCAAGGCGACUCGUCCUGGCCACGAGGCACGGCCCGCAUCAGCCGGUCUCCCAUAGCCGCCAGAAUGAGCACAAGGCGCCGCCCGUGGUAGUCAUCAAGAGGGAAUUGAACGAGGACGAGAAUGACCACGCGACAAGUAAUCACGUCAGAGAUGGAGCUAGCCGUAGACGAGGUGACGGGCGCGAAAUGUUGCCGUCGCGAUCGAGACUCGGUCUCACGGGUUUGGGAUCGAGCCAGGAUCUCGGAUCGAGCAACGGCGAUCUGUAUUACAAUUCACGACCGGAGGGCCACUGGUCCUACCAACCGCCACCACCGCCGGUCAUCACGCACCAGCCGAAACCUUCGUCGACGCAACACUUUCAGCCGUAUGAGCGCGGUUAUCCGAAGACGUUGGAGAGCCUGGCCGAAAAAGUACACCCCUUCUACACGGGGCCCAUGAUGUCUUCGAACGGCAGCCGACGUAUGUCGACGGGUGGCGGAAUGCAAUCAGUCGGCGGCAGAUUGUCGGGCCAAACCACGCAGUCUACCCAUUACGGCUAUGGCCAGCACACCGGAAGCGGAAGGAUCAUGCCGAGGAGUGGUUCCGACCAGCACCUACCCCGAGUCGAUUACACGAGCAUCACGACGCCGGCGCGACAUACCCUUCUUAGAUCCAGCUUGAAAUCAGGUACGUCAGCAUUACGUUACAACCCGAGGUACGGACAGACUGACGUAACGUCCGCCGCGCAGAGACAAGGACAAUUUGGCACCCUGACGAGGCGGCAUCGACCGUCGUUGGACUAUGCCUCCGACACCGAGGCUACGUGCUCCAGUUCGCCGAAAUCAGCGUAUUACUAUUAUAGGCACAAUAUGAGCAAUCCAUCUCAGAGCAGCGCCGUGUCGCAUUUAGCUACCCUAUCGAGAUCACAAAUCGGUCAGAGUUCCUCAGGUUUAAGAUCGAAUUCACUACCACGAAGCGGUCGAACGUUGCCGCAGCAACCUGGUCUCAGGUCGGGCCUCAGCACGGUCGCGUCGGGCCUGAUCGAUCAAGAAGACAGCGACGGCGCUCUGUCGGCGCCGGAAUUGCCUUCCAUCAGGCGUGACAGAGGCAGGAUACCAUCCUCGCCGAGUGUAUUCACGUCGGACGAGUACCGCGCCUGGCUAAGCCGCACGCCGAGCACCAGCGCCCUUUACGAGCAGAUCAGAGCGACCACAAGUAGACCACCUCGUUACACAUACAGCGCUGAGAAUAUUCACGCAGCCGUCAAUCAGGGUGAUUACGGCAGUUACGGUGGGUACCGGCCGCUCUCGACCACGCUCGAUCGACUGUCGACGAGAUCGGCCUCGGCCCAGCAGGUCAAUCUCGCGAAUCUGAGAGCGUCGACGGCGAUCAGCUCGACGUCCCAUCGCGGUACAACGAAUCCGAGGCCAGCCUCGGUGGCUUCGAGCGCGCGCACAUCGCUGGCGGCCCAGAAAGCGUCGCUGACGAGCUCCGCGAGCCAACGGGCGACGUCGGUCAGGAGGCUCAGGAACCUGUUGGAUUUGGAGUCCACGAGGAGCAUACCUACCCCAACGCCUACCAGAACUCAGGGUCAAAUACUGCUAGAUAUUAAUCCUGCGGAGUUCCUCAAGUAUAAAAUAGAGAAGCCACCGACCGUGGGGACACCGAGCUCGACGAGUUCGCUUUUGAGCUCGCUCGGGGAAGCGGCCGGCGGCGAUUUGGCAAGUGGCGUUAGCGGAUUGUUAUCGGUACAUCUUUUGGCGGGGCGUGGCCUCCGAUCGACCACGACCUCAUCGGCUGCCACUACACCUUCCACCCCCUCAGGCCAGCCGAAUUUAGGUAGUUGCGGCUUGAGAGACUUGUAUUGCGUACUGGAGUGCGACAGGGUGCACAAAGCGCGCACGGUAGUGCGAACUGGCGAUUUAAUGUUUGAUUGGGAUGAAACCUUCGAGCUGGACCUCGUAGGCAAUCGACAGCUGGAUCUGCUCGUUUACUCUUGGGACCCACAGUACAGGCAUAAACUCUGUUACAAGGGAUCGGUGCAUUUAGCGAGCUUGCUAAAGGAGUCGCCUGAACAUCAGCUUGCCGUCAAGGUUGAGCCACGUGGCACAAUCUACUUAAAACUACGAUACACCGACGCCCAACAAACUUUCCGUCGAAGGGGUCUGCCGGUCAUAUCAUUAGCUACGAGGGUAGCGCCUCUCUUCGGGGUUGAUUUGGAUACAGUGGUAAGUCGAGAAACCAAGACUGGUGGAGUUCCCGGUGGAGUUUCUACAGCAUUGGCGAUGGGAAUUCCGAACGUUCCAAUUAUCGUGUGGCGUUGCGUCGAAGAGGUGGAGAGAAGAGGACUUGACAUUAUCGGUUUGUAUAGACUCUGCGGUUCGGCGACCAAGAAAAGGAUACUUAGGGAAGCUUUCGAGAGGAACGCGCGGUCCGUGAAUCUGUCGCCCGACAACGUGCCGGACAUCAACGUCAUCACCGGUGUACUGAAGGAUUAUUUACGAGAACUUCCGGAACCUCUUUUCACGAAGUGCCUCUACCAGAUGAUGGUCGACGCACUGGCCGUCUGUUUGCCGGACGAUCCGCAGGGCAACGCUAAGCUUAUGUUCAGUAUACUAGAUUGCCUGCCUAAGGUCAACAGAUGCACACUGAUCUACUUGCUGGAUCAUCUGGCGAUGGUAGUAUCACAGUGCAAUAAAAUGUCACCGGCGAGUCUCGCCGUUUGCUUCGGUCCGGUAUUGAUGUUACACUCGGAAGAAACCGGUCCUCCAAUGGAUUUCCAACAACCGAUUGCCGUGCUCAAAUAUCUGUUGGAGAUUUGGCCAGUAAAGUCAGUUCGGAAGACUUCUUCAGUCGUUUCAACACUUCCUCGAGUUACGCCAGUAGUCGAGCGCAGCAACAGUCAGCAGCAUCUGCAGCAGGCGCAGCAGCAAGUGCAGCAGCAGCUGCAGCAACAUGUGCAACUGCAGGGAACAUUGGGACGCACCGGGCUGCCUUGGCAGCAGCCACCCUCACUUCAUCAUCAACCGCCCCAAACUACGGCAGCCGCAAUCCUCGGACCCUCCAUUCGUCCUCCUCCACCACCGGUCAAGCCUCGACAGGUGAUAGUCUCGUCUCCCGGUUCACCUAGCAGCGAGGAGUCGGAGGCCUCGCCAGAGCCAAUUAACAAGGGCCUCCUGGGUAGUUUGAGUUACGAAAAGAACGACGAGACGGCGACGACGACGACGACAACAUCGAGCACGUCGGGCGGUGUUAGCGUCAACAGCGGCGUCGGCGCCGGUACGGGUGUCGGCAUUGAGCAGAUAACGCCUACGAGCAGCGUCGACACCGAGGAGGGCAAUCCCCAGCAUCUCGAGGAGGGCGAGAAAGGCGUCGAGGGUGACGUCGAGGCGAGCGACGACGAUCGACACCAGCACAUACCCAAGACGCACUAAUCAGGUGUGCGCAGUGAGUAACGGAGAGGCCACGGAGAGAUGACCAUUCACACGAGAACGUAGACGAAUUGGGGGCUGCUUCAUCGCUUCAUACAUGUAGUAGAAGUUAGUAGUAGUAGUGACGGACGACGAAAGACAAGUCGGAAAGAAAAAUUAGACCGAUUGGCUCGGAAAAUAAAUCAAAUUUGAAGAAAGCGACUUAGUUAAUUUCAUUGGAAUCGUUAAUUUUGUAGAGUCGUUCCGUAAAUAUUCUCGGGCUGUCAGGGCUGAUUGUUUAACUUUAAAUGCAAGACAGGGUGGAAGUGUUAAUUUUGCAAGGUGCUAAUAAUUGAAUGUAUCGAUUCGGGAGGAUCUUCGUUACGCACCCCAAUUGAGAGUUACGAUGGUUGAUUGAUUCCAGUUUAUUAUGUUGGAUACGCUUGCUUAUAUAUAAGAAGUUGUUAAAGUUAAAUGCAAAGAGGGUAAAUGCAAACUCGGUCGGACUUAGCUCGGUCAGUGUUGUUACAUUAUGCUGGAGUUGCUACGUAGUGAAAUAAAUAACUAGUAAAUUUCUCCUUCGAACGUCACGUCUCGAUUUAUCGCCACUUCUAGUCGAAAUUAAGUUUCGUAAGAAACGCGAUACACCCGUUACCGUUACGCAAUUAAGUAUAACCGUAAAAAGGUAACGCUAAUCGAGAGACGGUUCAGCGACCGAACGAAGAGACGUGGACUACUGUCGUUACUCAUCGUAGGAAGAUAUAGAUCGGGAAUCGAUAUACUAGAGAUCCCACCAGAAGCAACUGCAGCACGGGCUGAAGUGGCAGACAAGUGUCCCAAGGAGUCAAAGAUGGUUUACGUUACGUUAUUAGAAAAUCGCUGGGAAAGCGACUUACACAAUUCGAACACGUUCAAUCCUCCGGAGUUUCCACGAGAACACGUAAUGGCCUUUCAAGUAAUGAUCUCUCGAAGCAGAUGUUAGAUCGCAGAUGAAUUCAUCACGCGCACUUUACCUUCGAUGCCCUUUUCCGCGCCGUUAGGGAAGAAAAAAAAAGAAGGAGGAGGAGACCAACAUCAACACGGUCCAUAUGAAUAAACGACACACGAGACUCAAGCGAGCGAGCCGGUCAACGAAGAGACGCGCACGUGGUACAUAAUAUAAUCAGUUUAUAUGCGAUAUAUUAUAUAUAUACAUAUUAUAUAUACAUACGUAGACUAGUCACGAUAUUACGUGUGUGCUUUUGAUAAAAAACUAUUACUUGUAGCGUUAGCUAGCUCUCGUAUACAGAAGAAGCAAAAGGAUACACGAACAAACAAACUGACAAACCAACCAACAAACAAACAGCUGAACUAGAUAUACAUAAUAUAUAUAUAAAAAUGUUAUACAUACGUUAUGGGAAAAGCGCGAGGAUAUGGCGGCGUUUCUACAUGUCAACAAUAGAACACACACACACACACACACACACACACACACACACACACACACACACACACACACAAAAGCGGAUUCAUUUGCGUAUAGAUAUAGGGUAUCGGGCAAUCAACUGACUACUGUAUCAAUACCGGACGAUCGAUUGUCCGAGAUUGGGUCGCGGAUGAUUAAACCUGGGAAAAAGAAGCCGCCACGCGCGCGGGAGGAACUGACCGAAAACGAUAAUAAUUACGAAUAAACAGAGAAAACGGUUAAUUACCUAUACUUUUAAAGAAGGAAAAACGAGUAUAAAAAUACCCAGUAUUAUUAUACGUUUAAAACUGUAAAACGAUGAUUGAACGAGAGGCAGAGUGCGAGAAUGAGCAAAUGAGAGCGCGAGAGAGAAGAAAGAGAGAGAGAGAGAGAGAGAGGUGCGCAAAUGGAUGAUAAUAUAAAAAAUAACGAGCAAUUAGGGAAGAAAGAAGGAGAGUUAAAUAUAGACGCAGAUGUGUCGCCGCGAUCGUUGGAACCGAUCAAACGACAACUGAAAUCUCUAUCUCUCUCCCUCUCACGUUACAAUUAUUGCUGUAAUACACACCGCGCGAUUUCGCUCGUGGCUUGAUUCGCGAUGAAGAGAACAAGAAAAAUAUAAAGAGCACUGUAAUCUGUAUAAACACGCACGUAUAGAUAUAUAUUAUGUACAUCCGCGUAAUCACUUCUUUCCGCACAGUUAGCGUUACCGCGCGACAAGUAUUUCAAAAAGGAUUUGGAAUGAAGGGCAGGCAGGUUGACGGAGCGCGAGGAGGAUAAAGUUCUAAUUGAGUAGCCGCGAAAACCGAGAGUACUAAUUGUGUAUAGCUGAGUGUAAUGUGUACAUAUAUACUUAUACGAAACCGCCAUACGCAAUCCUAGCUGUAUUUCCAGCCCCAGACUGCGUGACUGUCGUUCGAUGAAUGGUUGCGUGAGUGUGCGUGCGUGCGUGCGAGUGAAUGCCGGGUACCAAGGUGUCUUCUUCCGUUUCUUUUUCCGGGGAUUUAGAAAUGAAUUCUUUUUAAAGUAGAAUCCGCAAGCCUUUCGUUCUCACAGCAGUUCUCUUUAACUAGUAUUAUUUGCGAGACGCUGACGUAACAUUUUUCCUACAAUUCUUCAAUUGUAGAUUACAGCUCUGAUACUUCAUGAUACUUUGAUUAUCCUUCUUUUAUUUUCGCAGAUGUAUUUUCAAAUUAGAUCGACUCAGAUUAAGAUGCUACGUAGUUCCUAUCAUCUCUACUCGCUCGUAGAGGAAUUGAAUAGUGUGACUUUAAAUAAAGCAAACGCAAAUCGUAUUGACAUUUAUCGUUGUUAUACGGGUUGGCGUUUUACCUUAGCACUUUUAGUGUCAUAGAAAAGAAAUUGUGGAUAUAUUGUAUAUAUUAUUUCGUAAAUAUGGUUGAACUACUCUUGUUCGUAUCCUUUAUGAGAAAUCUCUAUACGGUGUUGCGUGCGCUUUGGAAUUCGUACGUUCCAUAACGCGUAAGUUUAUGGGCCCACGUGAGGUCUUGGUUUUUUUCAAUUGAAAAUAAAUUGAAAAUUUUCACAUGAUCGACUUAGUACAUUUUAAAGGACAGACACAAAGAUGGUAUCCAGUGUUCCUCGCCGUCCUGAUUUUAGUAAUAAAUCGAUUAUAUGAAAGUGGGAGAAUGAGUGUGAGAGCAUGAUUAACAUUAAAUAUUAUACGUGAAAGCACACUGCCGCAAUUUUAUAUAAUUGACUGUUGUUAUACCUAUACCUAUACGUACAUAUAUAUAUUAUAUACAUGAUAUACAUACACACAUUAUAUAUAUAUACAUAUUAAUCAAGACUAAUGAGGCGCGAUACAUGUCAAUCGCAAAGAGUCCAGGAUAUGGCCAGUGAAUUAAUUUAAGGUUUCUUCCGCUAACGCGGAUUUUUAAUUCAAGAUGAAUUUAAUCCUUUUAUGGCACGGCGGCAAAAGUCAUGUUUAAUUCCUUUUACAGAAAUUUUGGAACGUUUUCACAGCAUACGGAAUAUCUAAGAUUUUUAGAUAUCUAAAUAACUAAAACGGUUUCCAGAUUUCUGUAUCUUGUUGAAAAAAAAAUACUGUCUAAGACUAUCCGAAAAUGUCUAACGAUAUUUAAGAUAAAUAAUUAUUAGAUGUCUGCCUGUGUAAAUUUGCGAUGAAACAUUACAAAGUCUUGAUAAGGUGUACAAUUUUUCGUAAAUUUCUUCCCUUCGAUGAAGGGAGAACGUGACAAAUGCGGCCGGAGGACCGGCAGGAUAGCGGAAUUAGAGGAAAUAUUACUUGUCGGGAUCUUCGCGCGUCCCGUGUCCGCAAUAAAAUGGUAAUGUAAUAAUUUUUCGAAAAUAUCCCUCUGUUUGCGCGCGCCAUAGACUGGAUGUAACGCGAGGGGUCCUUCGUGAGUCCUCGUAUCGCUCAUGCAGGAGAUAACCCCUUGAUCAAAUUGAGCUAAGCAAAGGAGAUAGCCAACAGAUGCAGUAAAUCGUGCUCUUGAUUUUCUCACACAAUCCCUACACUUUAUUUAUUAUGUUACUCCCCUUCGUAUCUCUUUCUUCAAUAUCGAAAAAGCAAAACGACAGGAAAUUAAGAUACGUUCCGAUCUCGCGCGAUCGAUUGGCCGUGUUGUACGGUCGAAUCUAAAUCUCUCGCUACGAUUUCAAGUAAUUUGCAGGAUCGGAUUUCAAAAGAGAACGAACACGAAGACUUAAACGGGUGGAGACGAAGAAGAAUCUGAAAGUUACGCGUAAUUACGUAAAAUUCGCGGAGACAGAAAGAAAAAUCAGUCGAGAAGACGUUCGAGAGUCAUGUAAGAAAUUCGUAGGAUUUGCUUAAUACAAUUGUGCAAAAAGAUGCUAGUAGCAAAAUAAUAAUAGAACAAUGAAAACAAGCAAGGGGCAUAAUGUCAAUAUACAAAUAUAAUUUUGUAACUUGCUCGCAUUACCUGAUUCUCUCUUGCGUGCAAUCGCGGUUUCAUUAAUCGACAAAUUAUUAUUAUUAUUACUUACGGAGGAAUUCGCGUUAAAAUGGAUCCAGAGACUUGUAUGCUCGAUUUUAGAACUCGUCUCGAUUGAAUGGUUUUGCACGUUUAUAUAAGAACUUUUAUAUAUACAUAUAUUAGAUAGUUUUUUUAUGCUAAAUAAUCGCGAUAUAAAGGGCACAGUUUUAUCGACAAUUGGAACAUUUUUAUAAAAUUAGUUGUAUCUCUAAUAUAACCAAUUAAAUCGUAACAAAAAUAUAACAUUUAUGGCUUCAUUUUAAUUUCUCAAACUAAUUAAUAUAAUUAGAGUUUAUUCAGCGCCAAAAAUUUUUUCUAAAUGUAUUUAUUAUUUUUAAGAAAUACCUAUGCCAGAAUUUUUGGCUAAACAAAUCGAUUUUUCGCUAAGAAGGACGGGGCGCACAAGUUUAAAUAUUCAACUUAAUAAUAUAUACUAUUGCUACUGCACAUAUAUUGUUUAUAAAUUAUAUAUGUAAUUGCACGCGAUAUUAAUAAUUACAUUAUAAGAUAUUCUCGGACAUUUUAAUACCAUGUCGUGGAUACAAGUCUACUGGAUCUUUGGAUCUUAGCAUUUACAUAUAAAUAUAUAUACAAUGGACCAUGUUUGUCAUACUGAAACAUUUCUAAAAAAAAAAGGAAAGAUAAGGAGAGAAAGAAAAAGAGAAAGAAAGAAAAACUAAGAAUUUUUUCAUGAUUUUUCUAUAAGUUAGAGCAGAACGUAGCGGGGCGUAUCGGUUUUUCUUCCGCGCUCCGACACCACAAAUUUCGUACAUAAAUAAACUACAAUUAUCGAACUUUCUACAACUACUAACAUUUGUACACUACACAUAUAGUUUUAGCUGUUUCCUAAAGCCAUUAAAUCGUCGCGAGGUUGACAAAUGUUACAUCUGCACCGGCAAUCGGUCCUUUAUAAAGGAAGCGAAAUCAUCGCGUCAUUUCGCUUCUUUUGCAAUCGAGUCUUUCCGAUUCCUUUCAAACAAACGGAAUCGUCAAAUAAAGCGAAUUAAUGUCCAUAAUGAUUUUAUUUAAAAAAUAAAUUUAAGAGAAAAUUCAAACGGGUGGAUUAAUCGCAAAAGCGGUUAUUAAAUAACCGACGGAAAAAAAUAUUUUGCAACAUCAUUAAUCACGCGUCGUUCGUUCAGAUAAUGACGGUGGUAUCGCCAAUCAUAACUUGAACCGCAAGAGUUUUUCACAAUCUGAGGAAAAUUCGAGAAUCGCCGGUGCGUCCGACUUUAUCGAGCGUUGUUCGAGCGAUCGAGCGGUGCUUGAAGGAAAACCUCGAGACGAUUUUUAGUAUAGCUACGAUUUACGUUGCUCUUCCUUCGUCCUUUCGAAUGCCGGGCGAUCCGCGGAGAAAUACCUUCCGCGACCGUGUAUCGCGGAAGAGUCGAAUUCCUCGAGUCACCGAUCGCGACACGAUGUGUGCAGACUGUUUAGCAUUGUAAAUAGUUGCCGGAAAAGUGAAGCAGAAAAAAGACAAGAAUAAUGUACUGUCAUUCCUUUUUGGUGCUCAACGACCCUAAACAGAUAAUAAUAGCUGAUAGUCGGUAUAUUAACGAUAAGCGUAGCCAUCCCGUUGACGCAAUCACGUUCAGUUUUAUGUCGAAGGAAAUUGAGAUUACGAUGGUGAAAACGCAAUACGCGUAAAGUAUCAAAUAUUCAUUGUUAAAUGUAUAUUAAUUAUUCUCAAGCUAUAUUAUCACAAUCAUAGUCUUUAAAGAUUUUUAUUUCACUCUCAAUUCCCCAUUUAUAAUUUUCUCUCUCUAUAUAUAUAUACAUAUAUAUGUUGUUGGUUAUAUUUUUAGUAUUAAUACUGACAUGUGCAAAUUUAAAAAUCUUUGCCAAUUGGGACUAGAGAGCCAGAACGCGCAAUUACGCUAUGACGUGGAAAAGUAUCGUUUUCACCAUCUCAUGCGGAAAUUUCUCUCGAGCUCGAGCUGCGACGUCGAGAAGGCGACGUUCCUUUCCCCGAGAGAAGCGUUUCUCGAGAGACAAGACGCUGUACAUAAUAGCGAUAAUAAUAAUAAUAAUAAUAAUUUACAUAAUCCGCGAAGCGCAAUUCUCGGGAGAAUUUCGUACGCGGAAGGAGUUGAGGUUGAAACUGGACGAGGGAGGUUGAGGAGGGAUGCGAAGACGCUGCUUGUAAAUAAUGAAUUUCAGUCUCAGUUGUCACGUGAACAAGACUUGAAUCGCGUAUCCGCAACAUGACGUUAAAGAGGAAGCGGGGCAAUGCACAUAGACACAUACACCUACACCCAAACCCACAUAUAUAUACACGUCAUGUAUAUGUACACCUGUAUUUUCGAGCGUAGCUUUUCUCGUGUACUUAUCAAAAUAUGUAUAUCAUUCAAAAUCGCUCUGAACACAUAUCCCAUCCAGAAUGCAUCCUAUUUAGGCAAACGUGUGAGUUGUAGAUAACUGUGAAUAAUGCCGGGAAAGAUUAUCAAACGGUACACCGAACGUGAUGGUUACUACCACGGUAUCAUGAUAUCAAAAUCGUACGAAAUAACGCUGAUUUAUAUUUUUGUCUCUAAAGGCUGCAAUGAUAUAAAUAAUUCAGUGAUACAAUUGAGGUCCAGCUUGUUCUUUUCAUUUGACUAGAUUUUUAUAAUAUAUACAAAGUUAUAUAGCAAAAAUUAUAAAUAUUAUUAAAUUUAUAUAACUGCGCUAAAAGCUAUACGAAAGAUAUUCACACAGACACCCCUCCCUCCCCCCACACAUUAAAAUUUUCAGAAACUUAAAAAAAAGCAAUUAAUGACAUAGAAUCUUACUCUGUAAAUUUCAUAGAGCGAAAAAUUGUAGUGGCAGUAUUUUCAUUCUACGAAAUUCAGAGAGUAAUUUGAAUUUAAACAAUAUAAAACCAUUCUCGUUCGAAGUAAUGUUUAAGAUUUUUUUCUCACGGCUGGUAUGUUACAGAACAAAAUUAUCGAAUAGGUACGCCUGGUCGUUUUCACCCUUUAUCGAGCAGGGGCAUCAUUAGGUUAUAGGGUUACCCUGAAGCUUUCAUCGUCCUACAUAUCAUAGAGAAACAAAGAGGAAAGACAUGUUUUUUUUUUUUUUAAAGAAAAAAACAGGCCUAUGAAGGAGAAUCUGCGGGCCCUCGAUAUGCCGUGAUUUGUAUUUAGGAUCGUGAGAAAACGGAGAGCGAGCGAAAGUGCGUUAGGGGUAAAACGAACAAAACAAAAUAGGCCUCAAUAACACUGUAUUAACUGUUAGAACAGUGAAUUGCGUUUCGUACGGUCGAGACGAAUGAGAAACACGCUUCUAGAAUUAAUCUCAGCUUCGACCUAGACCCGACAAUCAAUCGGGAAGCAUGUCUUGUACCUUGAACAAGAAAGAGUGAUCCUAAAAAUAGGCAAAAAAUCGUCUGUUUUCUGGACUUUGAAUUUCGAGCCAAAUUGUGUGCUAAAUAAAAAGUUUUUGAUGAAAUAUUACUCCUAGAAAAAUUUUAAGUCAAUUCUACUUUUCAGUUUUGAGAAAUGAAUGGUUCAAGUGGGGAAAGAAAGGUUUGAAAAACGGGUGAUAACAGACUAAAGUAGAAGGUACAUUCAUUUCGAGUCGGAGGUAAAGAUAUAGUGGACUUUCCAAACUAAAAACAAUAGAACCAGAUAACAGUGAUCAAAACUAAGAAGUGAAGUUUUUAAAAACUUUUAUUUAGCGCACAAUUUGACUCAAAAUUCAAGGUCCAGAAAACAGACGAUUCUUGGGGGGCAUUCUUUCUAUUUUUCAUUUUCUUGCUACGUAGCAUCCUCUUUUUCCUGACGUACCAAACAAAGUAGCCAAGACGUAGACGUGACGUGCAAAGCUCGGCGAUUUCACAGAAAGCUCCAGGAACUUUUAACAACAAAAACACUUGAAUCGCCCAUGUUUACUUGCAGCAUUGGAAUCCCGUCAAUAAACCGAUUUUUGCACGUCGACCGUACGAUUGAAGAUGUGUUUAAAAUUAUCCCGAGAGAUCUACAGUGACGCGCAGAGAUUAAUGCCGCGGCUGAAUUUCCACAUACUCUUUGCGAUGUAUAAUAAAAUGCGAAUUAGAUUGGACUUGGAUCGAGAGAGCCAGUACAAAUGAAAUUCUAAAUUAUGUUACUAAUAUUACUACCUACUCGGCGCCGAUUCGUUUUUGUUUUCACGCUUCAUCCAGCACGUAUGUAGCUCGCACAAAUCUACGGCUUCCAGUUUACGUGACGGAACCGAGCAUGUAACCGUUUCGACGAUCGUAAAAAAAAAAUUUCUACUUCACUUACUUCUUCCAGUUUUGUAAGAAAACAAGCGUGAAAAAAAAAGUGUAGAAAAAAAAAAUUAAAAUUCGUUCGGCGUUCCGCCAGGCAUCGUCUUCGCGCGAUUGGCGACGACCCUCAUUCCUCGACCGUGUCAUCGCUCGCAUUUUGCGAAAACGUCGCUUUAUGUGGCAAUCAAUUACAUUAUCUUUCUCACAUCCGCUGUGCUGUGUGAGUCGCCGCAACUCUUUAGUCGAAUCCUUAAACAGAUGUAAACACAGAGGCGCGUUUGUUCUCCCGUAAUCACACUAUAUCAUAUGCGUGUAUCAUUGCGAACACUAUAUCAUUAUCGAUCAUAAUCGCGCGAAGAGGAAAGUGGGGCGAAAGAUUGAUUAUUCCUAGUGCUUAGGGACAAGCCUGUAAACUCUCUGUUAGUCAAACCUCGAAGAUAUAGUGCGAAUGUGCAGCCACACACAAACACACACACACACACACAAAGUUACUAAAUGUAUCAUACACAACUGCUGAACGGGAAUAUGCAAGACGUUAAUUACCGUCGAAGAUCUAAGAUUCUAUUUUCGAUCGAUCCUUCCUAUUCGCGUACUCGUAAUUCAAAUUUUUCUUUCGACUCGAGUCGCGCCAAGUGUGUGACGGCAAGUAAGAAAUGACCAAAAAAAAAAAAAACGAGAGAGUAGCGCAUAACGAUAAGUACAAUAAUACAAUAAAUAACCAGAGAUAUCGGGGAUUACAAAAUAGAAUUAUUUUCUAUAUAAUUAGAAAUACUCUGAAAAUUAAAGAGAGAUAUCCCGUUUCUUAUAUAAUUUUUUUUUCUAAUAACAAUAAAUUAUCACAGAAAGAAUAUACAAAACACUCAAUUAUAUAUAAUUACGAAGUAAAACGAAUUAAUAAUGUACUGCAGACGGAUAUAAAUUCAUUAAAUUUAAGUAACAACGUUGUCAAAUUCUUUUAUACCGAAUAUAUCAGACUGCUAAUUAUAAUAUCAGUUGUAAUAAUUAUACGGAAUACAAAGAUGACAUGUAUGCUAUCAAGAUUGUAUCGCGAAAAAAACGAUUUGAAGUAAAUCAUGAUAAUCGGCGAGUAAUCGACGUCUAAGAGACUAAGCGAACUAUAGUUGUUAAUGUAUAUUGAAAGAGCGAAAGGUAGAGAAUGCAUCUGACGAGAGAAUGCGGAAAAGAUGGCGAGUAAGAGAUGGCGAUCGCGAGGAAAGGGAGGGGGAAGAGAGAUAUAACAUAUAAAAAACAGAAAUAAAAUUGCAUUACCGAGCGAUUAAAUCGUUCUAAUGAUUUGAGAAUUCUAAGUCUACAAAUAUAUUUAUGACGGAGAGAGAAAAGACAGAAGCGGAGAGUGAAAGUGAAGCGAAACGGAGGAAGCGACAGUAGAAGCGACUGUAAGCAAAAAAAGUGCGAGAGAUAUAGAUAUAAAUAUAUAAAUGUAAAAGAAAAAAUAAUAUGGAGGAAGGUAUAAAUAUGACGAAGAAUAAAAAAAACGGGGACAGGGAGAGUGAAAGUGAAACGAAAGUGAAAAGAAAAAGAAACUCGACGGGGGCACUAGAAGAUGGUAGUGCAACUUAUACGAGCAAGUAUAUCUAUCAGUAUUUACACAGUACUCGAAAAUUAUCAUCGCGACUUAGAUGAAUAUUAUUGCCAGCAUUUAAAUAAUUUUACUUGGAUUCUUCUAAUCGAAACUGCAUUAAAAGUAAACAAAAAAGGAGCAAGAAAGGAGCAAGGGGGUAGAGACAAAGAGAUAGAGAGAGAGAGAGAGAGGAGAGAGAAAAGGCGAAAAUAUAUGUGCGCGUAAAAAGAAACGGCUGAAAAGCGAGAGCGAGUGGGGCGAACGAAGAAUCGUAGUAAAAAAGAGAGAGCAAAAAGAGAACGAUUACCGUUGAUCGCUAUAUCAAGCAAGUAGAUGUAUAUUUAAGAGUAAACGAAAAAAAAAAAAAUAGUAGCGUGUCGAUAUAUUAGCGUUAUAAUUGCGUCGCCGCGUCUCAUGUCAGACCAUUGGCCGCUUAUGCGAACCGAUAAAUACGCGAGGAAGAAAGAUGUAGAGAAAGAAAGAAAGAAAAUAUGAAAAUUUACUAUCGAAAAGAUGAGAACUGAUUGCGUGUGUGUAUGUACGAGUACAUGGAAAAAAUGCGUCGAUGAACGAGAUAUACAAAUGUGUCAAUUGUAAACCGUGCGUCCAGCCUUAACGUGUAUUUUAUAAGAUUCAAUUUUUUUUCUUUUAAUUGAUCAGAUAGCUGCACGUGAUUUGUGAUUUGUGUAUUACGAUACAAGUAUACGGUACAAAGUAUUACGACAAAGAUUUAUGAUAUCGGAGAUAUCAUGUUUCAUAAUUUUAUAAUCUACGCAGACAGAUAUUUCGUAAUCAUAAAAACAAUUGCCGUCAUCAAUUUAUUUCCGUUUAAUUUGGAAGUUACUGGAAUAAGUAACGUUUGCCUGAGUUUAAAAUAAAAUUUCCAGUUUAAACGAUGUAUUUUUCUUCAGGCUUAUUUCGACGGAGAAAAAAUGAUUGAUAAAUGCAAUGUCCGUAGGGAAAAACCGUUAAGGCUGAACGCAUCUCAAGAAAGUGCAGUGUGCAGAUACGAGUUGACUUUAACACCAAAGAAACGAAAAGAAUUUCUUGCAAUACGAAAAUUAUGCCUUUAGAGGCUCCUCUACGAUAGGUUGAUGAUUAUCUUGCGUCGAACACAUUUUGACGUAACGAAAAAAACAAAAAUGAGACGAGAUUCGUUAAGUGUCUUGCGAAUUCGCGCCAAUUUGCGCUGAAGCAUAGAUUUCGUUUUCUAGAUAGAAUUUAGUGUAUUAAACAUUUAAAUUUUUUUCGUCGUUGUUAUUAGGUUUCCGUUAAGUUUGACGAUUCGGAGACGAUUCGCUGCGAUUUCAUUGCGGGAGGGAAAUCGUCAAAAUCGGAGAAAAUUAUACCGUCGCGAAUGCUUGGAUGACUGAUUUUUUUCCUCGAUUGUUAAUCUGAGUGAGCUUUGUCGUGUAUAUCGUGUGCGACGCGAUAUACGAUAAGAACUCCAGGUUUCGCUGUUUAAGCGACGCUUAAGUCGGUGUCGGAUUCGCGCCAGGUCCAACGCGCGAGUCCAACGAUACGCGAACACAAAAGCCGAUUCGUUAGCCGAUUAUACAUAUAUACAAAUAUAUAAAAAGGGAAAAGAGAAUCAACAGUAGAUAUAGUAGAGCGUGACAACUUCAAAGGGGUAAUACUACCGUUGUUCCGUUGAUUGUUUUCAUAGAUUUUAUUGCAUCGCGACCGCGUCGAGCCAUCCGCGAUCCGGGUAGCAAGCACAAAAGUAUAAAUCGCUCCUUAAUCGCGGAUACGAUUAACUCAUUGCCGUUCUCAAUGAAUAACAUAACGCGCGCUGCAAUACGUGUCAAUGAUUUCAUUUGAUCGUGGCCCCGGUGUUCGAUCGCCCCGAGAUCGAAGCCGGUCACGUUCGGCAGUAAUUGACAAUCGACAUGAUCGAUAACGUUGCUUAAAUUAGGCAAAAAAAAAAAACGAAUUUAAAAACUCGAAAAGUACUUUCACGUUUGUUAAGUUUCAGCGCGUGACUUUCUUAGAUGCGCCAUCCGUAAAAUAGAAAAUAAUUAUAUGUACAUCAAUAAAAUUCGUUUUUGGUGACAAACGGAAAAAAAAUGGAAGUUUAGAAUUAAACGUCGAUAAAAUAAAGCAUAAAAAUCACAAUAUCUGUAAUACCUUAAUUUGUUGCGCUUGUACAAUAUUAAUUAUAUUUUACGAGCGACACAAUACGACGUAAAAGAGAGCGAAAGGUACAUUGAUUUUUCACUGGAGCUGCGCGUUUGUUUCGAAAAUAAAAUAAAAAAAACAUGACCGCCGAUCAUCCAUGAGUGAAAUACGUCGAGGGAUCGAUAGAGUUCAUAGAUUAUCACUUUGGAGGAGAAUUUCCCUCUGUAUUUCCCCCUCGGAAACGAGCGAUCGAUUGCGAUCGACGGAUUUAGUCAAUUAGAGAAUCCCUUGGAAUAUUUCCCAUGGAUGGAUCUGGGUGAUCGCGACGAAAUCACCGAAGACUAGAAAAAAAUGAAAGAUAUAUAGAUAUAUAUAGAUAAAUGUAUAUGUAGUAUAUAUAUAUAUAUGUCGGAUGUACACAGGCAUGUAACAAAGUAUCGAGCGCUUUUGAAGGAUCAAUCGCGCGAGAGAGCGCACGCGACGCGGCCGCGGCUAGCCAGGACUAUUUUUCUAAGUUGCAAAGUAUAAUAAAUUAACGACGUGUUGCAUUAUCGUUACUAGAGUAUAUUAUAAUGUAUAUUGAUAUUUUAACUAGGCGAGAUAAGUAUGAGAUAAUGUUACGAGCGAGUA